AUGGACAAUCACACCACAGUGAAAACAUUCAUUCUGUGGGGGUUUGCCAGUUUCCCAGAAGUGCAGACUCCUCUCUUUGUGGUGAUUUUCUCUUCCCAUGUGAUGAUCCUAUUCUCAAUCGUGUCCAUAGUGAUGGCCAUCAAGCUCAAUCACAACCUUCACACCCCCAUGUACUUUUUCCUCUUUGGCCUCUCCUUUUCAGAAACCUGUACCACUAUGGUUAUCAUCCCCAGAAUGUUAGCAGACUUGAUAUCAAACAGCAAGACCAUUUCUCUUCCUGAGUGUGCCACCCAGAUGUUUUUGUUCUUUGGUUUAGGAGCCAAUAACUGCUUCAUCUUGGCUGCCAUGUCCUAUGACCGGUACACUGCUAUCCACAACCCACUGCAUUAUCCCAUGCUGAUAACAAGAAAUGUCUGCUUUCAGCUCAUGAUGGCCUCUGCUGUGGUUGGAUUCCUAGUUUCUCUCUGCAUUGUCAUCAUAGUGUUCAACUUGUCUUUUUGUUCUAGUGAAGUGAUUAGGAUCUUUAUUUGUGACCUUGAUCUUUUGCUUACCCUGUGUGCCUGUGUUAUGUAUUCUCCUCUGAAAGUAAGAAUUCAAAGCCAGCAGUCUCUAUAG